GGGCCUUUCCGCGUUUCCACUUCUGCAGAUAAGGGCCAGCCGGAUAAACGGUCUCUUGUUUUAUCUGCCGUAUUUUCGCUUGGCGCGUCACUGUACGUUGGUAGAAGUCGUGGGACGGUGUCCUCCGCUCAAUCCGUCCGCGCGUGGCUGUCGUAGAAGAGGGACCCGAAGAGAAAACCAGAACGCGCACCGGAAUGCCUUACCCAGAGCGCUUCCAGGACCAGCCGCCUUCGACGAGGGAGCCGUCCUUCCGCGGUGGCAUCUACCGGAGCACGGCGGACGGGGCGAGCAUGUCGACCACCAACCUGGCCGAGAACGCGGCUCCGCCGGCAGCCCUGCCGGCGCCCCCGCUGGUCCCGUCCUCCAAGAUGGAGGAGGACACCGAGUCCGCCAGGGGAGGCUUGCGGCCACCACACCACGGCUGCUGCCACGACUUCCUGCGGCACAACAAGUUGACGGUGGCCACCAUCGCCGCAGUGGUGGCAGGCAUCACGCUGGGGGUCCUCCUCAGGCCCCUCGGGCCGUUUUCCAAGCGCAACAUCAUGUACAUCAACUUCCCGGGCGAGGUGUUUCUGCGAAUGCUCCGUGGGCUGAUCCUGCCGCUGAUCACGUCCAGCAUGGUAGCCGCGGUCGGGUCCCUGGACGCUCGUUUGUCCGGCAAGAUCGGCCUGCGUGCCGUUGUGUACUACUUCACAACCACCUUCAUGGCCAUCGUGCUGGGCAUCGUGCUCGUGCUCGCCAUCCAGCCGGGCUCCGGGGACAGCAAGCUGCCGGCCUCGGGCACCUCCAAAGCCAGGCUGGUCACCACCGCCGACACCCUCAUGGACCUCAUCAGGAAUGCGUUCCCUCCAAAUGUCAUCGAAGCUUGCGUUACUCAGUUUUCCACCCUUGUCAUACAACCCACGGGAAACGCCAGCAACACGUCCAUGUACGACUGGGACUUCCAGACAGUCAGCGACCCCGGCACCAACAUCCUGGGCCUUAUCGUGUUCUGUAUUGCCCUCGGGGCCACCGUGGGUAGGAUGGGGGACAGCGGCAAGCCCCUGCUGGACAUGUUCACGUCCCUCUCGGACGCCAUGAUGAUCAUCACCAAGCUGGUCGUCUGGUUCUCCCCGGUGGGCGUGAUGUUCCUGGUGAUGGCAAAGAUGCUAGCCAUGGAGGACUUCUCGGUGGUGGCCGGCCAGGUGGGCAUGUACUCGCUCACCGUGCUCCUGGGCCUCUUCCUGCACGGCUUCAUCGUGCUGCCGCUCAUCUACUCGAUCGUGAUGCGAAAGGCGCCCUUCCUCUUCCUCAUGGACAUGAUGCAGGCCAUUGCCACCGCCUUCGGCACGGCCUCCAGUUCGGCAACCCUACCAGUGACCAUCGCCAUCCUCGAGGAUAAGGUGAAGGUGAACCCCAAGGUGGUGCGCUUCUGCAUCCCCAUCGGAGCCACUAUCAACAUGGACGGCACGGCGCUCUACGAGGCGGUGGCUGCCAUCUUCAUCGCCCAGGUGCGCAAGGUGCCGCUGGACAUCGGCAAGGUCAUUGCCAUCAGUGUGACGGCCACGGCUGCCAGUAUCGGCGCGGCCGGGAUUCCCCAGGCGGGCCUGGUGACCAUGGUGAUGGUUCUCAACGCCGUCGGACUUCCGGCGGACGACAUCACGCUCAUCAUUGUCGUCGACUGGAUUCUGGACCGAUUCCGCACUGCCAUCAACGUCCUAGGAGACGCCGUCGGUGCCUGCGUCGUGGAGAGGUUGAGUCUUGAAGACCUCAAGCCCAAGGCGUCGGGGGCUCAGGGCUCCAAAGACACGGUCAUGACGUCCAUGUAGACGCUGAAACCAUCUCAAACACAACGUAACAUGCGCUGUCGCAAACCGGCCUCCCAAGGUUGCUUGCGAGUCAAGGACUCAAACAUCGCCGUGUUUGCCAAAUCCUGUCCGUAGUCAGGCCAAGGCCGCACCAGACGGUUCAUCUGACCGCCUAGCAAAUUAGCGGGCGGUUUGGAAGAUUUCGUUGUCCAUAGAUAUGACCCACAUGUUUAGAGGACUGUGCUGCAGUUUGCACAUAUCUAGAUCCCGUGUAUAGGCGGCCUUUGCAGAAAAGGAAAGGACGUGUGUUGUUGUUGUUUCCGAUGCGUGGGCAGUUUUGCGUUUCUGAUUUGUCAAAGUUUGCUUUACAUACAGUCAUGCUCCAGGGUUUUCGGCCAAUCACCCAUAGGAGUUCGACAGUUUAUGUUAUAGGAGUAAAUCGAAGUUAUUAUUAAUCCUGUAGAAAUAUUCGUGUGGUUGUGUUUUCUCCUCUCUACGUACUUUGGAGCUGAAGAUGAGUGCAGGUACUUCGCUACACCUGUACGACGAAAGUUCAUACGUUGGUAGACUGUCUUUGAACAAAAACAAAAGAAAACAAAAACAGAAGUAGAUCACUGGUAAUUGUAAAUAUAUUUAAGUAUCUUAAAUCGGAGAUUCAUGAAAGAAAAUAGUUAACACGAGCGGCUAAAUACACAACAGUAAAAGAAAUGCAAAACAAAAUUACCUAUGUGAAAUAAGUUAGCUGAUAACUUGCUGAAAACGGUUAACAUUUCAACAGUAACAGCUUAGAGUUAUUGCAGUGGCUAAAACAAUGUUGAAAUUGUUUGGCUAGCUGGAAUAUAAAGUUGUGUCAGGUGUAAAAAAAAAGAAAACGAAUUUUCCCGAUGUAAAGGCAUCGCUCAUCUACACGACACGGUGCAUCACAAGGCCAAUAAAUCUACUAAGUCUUUUAUGGUAAAAAUAUACCAGCUUGUAUAGGGCAGUUAUUUGAAGUGAAAGAGAAUAACGCGGUAUGAGAGCAAACAAACGUCUUAGCUUAGUGGGCUGCAAAAAAGCCGGCUUAAGAAGUGGGACGGCUUAUACCGCAAACAUGAAACAGAUACCUGUGGAGGCCGUCGUACUGUCCUACAUAAACAUUCCGAUUGAAUUGGCCGGCAUAAUUAACGCAGAAAAUAAUAUUUCUUUUUUACUGACGACGUAUAGCGCAAUAGGUCAUUUUAUUUUUAAAGAGGCUACAGAGUGUUACCGAUGUGCACUGCUUAGCAUGUGCGUCAGUGUGCUGUACAGUACAUGUAAAAAAAAAUGUUGUAAACCGGUGGAUAAUCGCGCCACGUAAAAAUGUCUUCUAUUUCCGUAGGUGCAUACUUUGUGAUGAGUGUAACGAAUGUUUUUGGUGAAAACACCUGCAACCAUAUCGUGUAAAUAGUUAAACAGUGUAGAAGGUCAAGGCCUUGUUCACAUAUAAUCAAAUCAUUAUCUAUUCUCACGUGUGGUUUGACUGCCAUCAUGAGCUGAUCACCAGUGACCUGACGUAUGUUUCAUCGACGUCCUCCAGCAUGAAGGGCUGAGUUGACUCUUGAUGAAUCUUGAGGCUGCUAGUGAGAGUAUACUGUCAUCCCCUUAAAAGAAAAUAUUUCAUCAGAACUUUUAUAUAGUUUUCCAACUGUGUUGGGACUAAUUUCUGACUGGCAUCAAGGAGUAUGGUAUGACGAAAUGGUAACAAAAAGUUACCUUUAUUUGUAAAACAUUUUGUCAUAGUAAUUCUAUGCGCCGUUGGCAUUGGCUAUUUCUUUCGAAUCAAACGAUUAUAUUCUAUACCCUGUAUAUACAGACAUUGCGCUAUAAAAGAUUGUAAUUGUGUUUUGAUGACUCAUAAUUUAUUCUGUUAAAUUAUGUCCCAACGAGGUUAUUUAAACUUUCGCCGAUAUCAUGUCGUCUGUUUGUAUUGUCUUCUCCGCCCUUAGGAGAUUCGUCUUCUGUGCAUUGUUGUGAUUUUUUUUUUCA